CCAUAUCGUGAAGUACGAAUUUAUAAUGAAGACCCUGCAAAUCGCUCUCGUAUUUUCUGCCAUUGUGGCCAUUGCUUUUGCUGCCAAUGCCAGUUGGGGAGCUAAGCUCUCGAGUAGUAGGCUAGCCAGCACCCAGAACUUGACUAUCCACAAGAAAGCCAAUCAAUAUGUGAACGGAAUAAUUAGUUUUCCCUUGGCCGGCCAGGCCAACUCCAAAACCAUUCGGUACAUAAAUGUAACUGACAGAUUUACCAACAGCUCGGGACCCUAUUCUACAUUGUCGGUGGGUGGUAUAGGUUACACCAGUGUCAAAAUCAAUGUUACGAGCCAGUUUUCCCAAGGAAUCAACGUCACUGCUCAAAUCUGGGUUGAUGCCUAAAGUUAAGGCACCUGCUGUCAUGCACACCUUAUGGUUUAACAUGUGGAAGACCAUUAAAAAUAUAUGUUUGCAAUUUCCAAUUUCACUGAAUAUUAAAAAUGUGGAUUAACUUCCAAAAA